AAGGUUUCCGAAGGCUCCGCUCGGCUUUUUCCGGAGAGACUCGAGAGUGAGGCGGAGGCCUCGUCUCUGCCCCGCCGCUUCCUGUCUCCCGGCUCGUUGCUGUUGCCGGCUCCGGUAACCGGCGCUUCAGCUCUGCCCGCCAUGUCCCAGCUCUGCUACAACCGGGGCUGCGGCCAGCGCUUCGACCCCAGCACCAACACGGAGGAUUCAUGCACAUAUCAUCCAGGUGUUCCAGUCUUUCAUGAUGCUCUAAAGGGCUGGUCAUGUUGUAAGAGAAGAACAACAGACUUCUCUGACUUCUUAAGCAUUGUGGGCUGUACAAAGGGUCUCCAUAAUAGUGAGAAACCCCCUGAGCCUGUGAAACCUGAAGUCAAAACUACCUCUGAGCGAAAGGAGCUAGCUGAACUGAAACCUAAAUUUCAGGAGCAUAUAAUUCGGGCACCAAAGCCAGUGGAAACCAUUAAUAGGCCAAGCCCAGAUGAGCCAAUGACAAGUUUACAGCUGAAAGUAUCAGCUUCCCUGAAACAAGCACUAGAUAAACUGAAACUAUCAUCAGAGAAUGAAGAAGGAAAAAAAGAAGAGGACAGUGAUGAGAUAAAAAUUGGGACGUCAUGUAAAAAUGGAGGCUGUUUGAAGACAUUUGAAGGACCACCGAGUACAGAAGAAAUAUGUAUAUACCAUUCUGGAGUACCUAUAUUCCACGAAGGGAUGAAGUACUGGAGCUGUUGUAGGAGAAAAACUUCUGAUUUUAAUACAUUUUUGUCUCAAGAAGGCUGUACAACGGGAACACACGUGUGGACUAAAAAGGAUGCUGGGAAAAAAGUAGUUCCAUGUAGGCAUGAUUGGCAUCAAACUGGAGGUGAAGUGACUAUUUCAAUAUAUGCGAAAAAUUCACUUCCUGAACUUAGCCAUGUAGAAGCAAAUAGCACAAUGCUAAAUAUCCAUAUUAUAUUUGAAGGAGAUAAAGAAUUUGAUCACAGUGUGAAAUUGUGGGGAGUAAUUGAUGUGAAGAGGAGUUAUGUAAACAUGACAGCUACGAAGAUUGAGCUCACUAUGAGGAAAGCAGAGCCCAUGUUAUGGGCAAGCCUUGAACUACCAAUACCUAAAACACAGCAAAAACAAAAUGAAGAUAUUACAGAUCAAGAAUGA